CUGAUGUUUGGUGCUACCGUGGGUGAGACUUGACAUUUCCCUCUUUGUCCGCCUCUUUUGACCCAGUCCCACUCUCCUCUCCCUCUCUCUCCCUCUCUUCCAUUUUCUUUUUUCCUUUGAAGAAUAAAGGAAAAGAAAAUCAAAGACAGGAAAAAAAUUUAUUUACAGUGAUCAACCAAACAACACAGAUCAUUAGAAAAUAAAGAAAAAAGAAAAGAACCCAAAACAACAAGAACUCACAGAUCAAAUCGAACUCACGAUAACACAAAUCAAAAGUGGUUCUCUUCAGUUUUCUCCCUCUAAAUUUAAGCUUUAGAGGACUGAAAGUCAGUGAAAGAAAGAAGCAAAAGAGAGUGAUCAAUUAGGGUUUGUUUUGUUGUGAUAUUGGAGUGAAACCCGUUAAAGAAAAUCUUUGAAGAUGAUGAUUUCUAGGGGACUAUUUGGGUGGUCCCCACCGCAUAUACAACCGUUAACACCGGUAUCGGAGGUAUCCGAGCCACCGGAGUCGCCGUCUCCUUACUUAGAUACAAGUGCAGAAGCAGCUGCGGCAGCUGCAGCGGCGGCGCAAGCGGAGGCGGAGGAAGAGAUGGAGGAGGCAGAAGAGAUGGAAGCGCCGCCUGCAGCGGUUCCGUUUACGGGAUUGUUUGCGUGUGCAGAUGGAGUGGAUUUGGGACUUAUGGUAAUUGGUUCAAUUGCUGCUGCUGCUCAUGGAACUGCUCUUGUUGUUUACUUGCAUUAUUUUGCUAAGAUUGUUGAGGUUUUGAAGAUUGCUCCUGAUGAAAGAUUUGACAGGUUUAAAGAUCUUGCUUUAACCAUUGUUUAUAUAGCUGUGGGUGUUUUCGCAGCUGGUUGGAUUGAGGUUUCGUGCUGGAUUUUAACUGGAGAGCGUCAGACCGCUGUCAUCAGGUCUAACUACGUUCAAGUGUUACUUAAUCAGGAUAUGAGUUUUUUUGAUACCUAUGGGAACAAUGGAGACAUUGUGAGCCAAGUACUGAGUGAUGUGCUGCUCAUUCAGUCUGCACUUAGUGAAAAGGUUGGAAACUAUAUUCAUAACAUGGCAACAUUUGUUAGUGGUCUUGUUAUUGGAUUUGUCAACUGCUGGCAGAUUGCCCUUAUAACAUUAGCCACUGGUCCUUUCAUUGUUGCUGCUGGUGGUAUAUCAAACAUUUUUCUUCACAGGCUGGCUGAGAGCAUUCAAGAUGCAUAUGCAGAAGCUGCUAGUGUUGCUGAACAGGCAGUUUCAUAUAUUAGGACCUUAUAUGCGUUCACAAAUGAAACUUUGGCGAAAUAUUCUUAUGCAACUUCACUACAAGCAACUCUGAGAUAUGGUAUUUUGAUUAGUCUUGUGCAAGGACUUGGUCUUGGUUUUACAUAUGGGCUUGCGAUAUGUUCUUGUGCCUUGCAGCUAUGGGUUGGAAGGUUCCUGGUUACUCACCACAAAGCUCAUGGUGGUGAAAUAAUAACAGCCCUUUUUGCUGUGAUUUUGAGUGGCCUUGGGCUGAAUCAAGCAGCAACAAACUUCUAUUCGUUUGACCAAGGACGAAUUGCUGCUUACAGACUUUAUGAGAUGAUAAGCCGAUCAUCCUCAACAGUUAAUCAAGAAGGAAACACUCUAGUGUCAGUGCAAGGAAAUAUUGAGUUUCGGAAUGUUUAUUUUAGCUAUCUGUCUCGUCCGGAGAUCCCUAUCUUGAGUGGGUUUUACCUCACUGUACCUGCUAAAAAAGCUGUCGCACUUGUUGGCAGAAAUGGCUCUGGAAAAAGCAGCAUUAUCCCCCUCAUGGAGCGGUUUUAUGAUCCCACCUUAGGGGAAGUUCUUUUAGAUGGAGAGAAUAUUAAAAACUUGAAACUGGAGUGGCUUAGAAGCCUUAUAGGAUUAGUCACCCAGGAACCUGCCUUGCUAAGUUUGAGUAUAAGGGAUAAUAUUGCUUAUGGACGAGAUGCUACUUUGGAUCAGAUUGAAGAAGCUGCCAAAAUAGCACAUGCACAUACAUUCAUAAGCUCACUUGAGAGAGGCUAUGAGAUGCAGGUGGGUAGAGCUGGUUUAUCGUUGACAGAGGAACAGAAAAUUAAACUUUCGAUUGCUAGAGCUGUGCUUUUGAAUCCAACAAUUCUUCUGCUUGAUGAGGUUACUGGUGGACUUGAUUUUGAAGCUGAAAGAGCAGUUCAGGAGGCGUUAGAUCUCCUCAUGUUGGGACGAUCCACUAUAAUUAUAGCUCGACGUCUUAGUCUUAUUAGGAAUGCUGAUUACAUAGCUGUAAUGGAGGAGGGUCAGCUUGUUGAAAUGGGAACACAUGAUGAAUUGUUAAACUUAGAUGGCCUAUAUGCAGAACUUCUCAAAUGUGAAGAAGCAGCAAAACUUCCGAGAAGGAUGCCAGCUAGAAACUACAUGGAGACUGCUGCUUUCCAAGUUGAAAAGGACUCUUCUGCUGGUUACAGCUUCCAAGAACCAUCCUCCCCUAAAAUGAUGAAAUCACCAUCUCUUCAGAGAGUUCCUGGUAUAUCACGGCUUCCAGAUGGCACCUUCAACUCUCAGGAAUCACCCAAGGUUCGUAGUCCGCCACCUGAGAAAAUGAUGGAAAAUGGUGUUCCCUUAGAUGGAGCUGAUAAGGAACCAGCAAUAAGAAGGCAGGAUAGUUUUGAAAUGCGACUUCCAGAGUUACCCAAGAUUGAUGUGCAUUCUGCACAACGACAGACAUCAAAUGGGUCAGAUCCCGAAUCACCAGUAUCACCUCUUUUGACAUCUGAUCCGAAAAAUGAGCGCUCCCACUCGCAGACUUUUAGUCGACCCCAUAGUCACUCUGAUGAUGUUCCAACUAAAUUCAAGGAUGCAAAGGACACGAAGCAUCGUGAAACACCAUCAUUUUGGAGGCUGGCAGAACUUAGUUUAGCUGAGUGGCUUUAUGCUGUGCUAGGAAGCAUUGGUGCUGGGAUUUUUGGCUCUUUUAAUCCACUUCUUGCUUAUGUUAUUGCACUGAUAGUGACUGCCUAUUAUAGGCCUGAUCGCCAUCACUUGCAGGAGGAUGUAGACAAAUGGUGCUUGAUAAUUGCCUGCAUGGGUAUAGUAACAGUGGUUGCAAACUUUCUGCAACAUUUCUAUUUUGGUAUUAUGGGUGAAAAAAUGACUGAGCGAGUUCGGAGAAUGAUGUUCUCAGCUAUGCUGCGCAAUGAAGUUGGAUGGUUUGAUGAAGAGGAUAAUAGUGCUGAUACAUUAUCCAUGCGGUUGGCAAAUGAUGCUACAUUUGUGCGAGCAGCAUUUAGCAACCGUCUUUCUAUAUUUAUACAGGAUAGCGCUGCUGUUGUUGUGGCUGUUAUCAUUGGCAUGUUGCUUCAAUGGCGACUGGCUCUUGUGGCGUUGGCAACCCUGCCAAUUCUCAUGGUUUCUGCAAUUGCACAGAAGUUGUGGCUUGCUGGCUUUUCAAGGGGCAUUCAGGAGAUGCACAGGAAGGCAUCAUUGGUUCUUGAGGAUGCUGUUAGAAACAUUUACACUGUUGUAGCAUUCUGUGCUGGUAACAAAGUAAUGGAGCUCUACAGAUUACAACUGAAAAAAAUUUUUAAGCAGAGCUUUUUCCAUGGAAUGGCCAUUGGUUUUGCAUUUGGCUUUUCACAGUUUCUUCUAUUUGCCUGUAAUGCCCUUCUUCUCUGGUACACUGCAUACUCUGUAAAGGAAAACUAUACGGAUCUGCCUACAGCUAUCAAGGAGUAUAUGGUUUUCUCAUUUGCGACAUUUGCACUAGUAGAGCCUUUUGGAUUGGCUCCAUAUAUUCUUAAACGGCGGAAAUCUCUUAUUUCAGUUUUUGAAAUUAUAGAUAGAGUACCCAAGAUUGACCCAGAUGAGAACUCAGCACUGAAGCCACCUAAUGUGUAUGGGAGCAUUGAGUUAAAGAAUGUUGAUUUCUGUUAUCCUACUCGCCCGGAAGUCUUGGUAUUGAGCAAUUUCAGUCUCAAAGUCAAUGGUGGACAAACUGUAGCUGUGGUAGGAGUUUCAGGGUCUGGUAAGAGCACUAUAAUCUCUUUAAUGGAGAGAUUUUAUGAUCCAGUUGCUGGUCAGGUUCUACUUGAUGGGCGAGAUCUAAAACUCUACAAUUUGAGAUGGUUAAGGAGCCACUUAGGCCUUGUUCAGCAGGAACCAAUUAUCUUCUCAACGACAAUUAGAGAAAAUAUCAUAUAUGCUAGGCACAAUGCUAGUGAAGCUGAGAUGAAAGAGGCUGCAAGAAUAGCGAAUGCUCACCACUUCAUUAGCAGUCUGCCUCAUGGGUAUGACACACAUGUGGGGAUGAGGGGUGUUGACCUGACACCGGGACAGAAACAGAGAAUUGCAAUUGCACGGGUGGUACUGAAGAAUGCGCCCAUCUUGUUAUUGGAUGAAGCUAGUUCAUCCAUUGAAUCUGAAUCUAGUAGAGUGGUACAAGAGGCACUUGAUACACUGAUUAUGGGAAACAAAACAACUAUUCUGAUAGCUCAUAGAGCUGCAAUGAUGAGGCAUGUUGACAAUAUCGUGGUUCUAAAUGGAGGGCGAAUCGUAGAGGAAGGGGCUCAUGAUACUUUGAUGGCCAAGAAUGGUUUGUACGUCAGGUUGAUGCAACCCCACUUUGGAAAGGGUUUGAGACAGCAUCGACUUAUUUAGGUUGGGUUUUGACAUUUGCGUUUAGUUCCUUUGUAUAGCUCUUACUGGUCAACUUUAAGUUGCUGGAAAGUGUUCAUAGCUGUUGGCAUCCAUACAGUAUUUUCCAGAGUGGGCAAUUGCAAAAUGAGAGUGAUGAGGCUGGUAACAAUUUUUUUUAUAGUUGGAUUGGGUGGGUUGAAAAUGGUGGCACCGGCAGUUAUAGUGUUCGAAUGUAGGGUUAGAAAUAGGAAUUUUAGAGCUUGGUUGGCCAUUUGAGGACAUGCUCUCAGGGUUAGAUGAUUUAUUCUUUGUGGAGGCAAGCGUUAGGUCGAUGCUUUGUCUUCAUGGUAUAUUAAUUUGUUCAUUAUUCAGAAGAUGGGUUGGAGAGGAGAUAAUUCUAGUCCUAAUGAGGUGUGCUUCUUGGAUUUUGUCUUAUUUUCUUUAUUUUUUUUUUCCAAUUUCCUAGAUAAUUUCUGGCUUUUGUAUGGAUUAAUUCAACUUCGACAAAGCUUGGAUGAUGAUGUAUGUGUUUUCAUACUGUAAAUUUUACAUUUGCGAAAACGAUCCAAAGUUUAGAAGAGGAAAAGAGGUGGAGGGCAUUUGUUGUAAUCUUCCUUUGUAAAUAACCACGUGGAUAAUUUAUAAGCUUUUUAACUUUUUGCCGGCUUGA